AUGCCAGAACGCAGCAUCGUAUCGUCUGAGAUCGAACGACUGGAAACAAGCGAUGACAUAUCCGACAAGACAAUUUACGAGCCACUCCCAGCGGGCGAGUUUAUACGCGUGUUGAAACUGCAACCCGGCGAUACCGACCACGACAUCAAGUGCAGCCUCGAGAUUGUCGACUUAGAACAGUCCAAGGGCUCAUAUGAAGCGAUAUCAUACGUUUGGGGCGACCCCAACGACACUAUCGACGUGCAAUGUAAUGGACAGCGGGUGCCGAUUACCUUGAGCCUCGCAGAUGCUCUUCGAAACUUUCGUCACACAUCUGAGCCUCGGCUACUAUGGGUGGACGCUUUGUGUAUCAACCAGGAAGACAAGAAGGAGAAAGGACACCAAGUCAAGAGAAUGGGCGAGGUGUAUGCGAACGCAAAACGUACGCUUGUCUGGCUUGGUUGCGAUGAUCAAAAUAUUGCUAAAGAUGCAUUUGCCCUCAUCCUCGAGGCGAAUGCAUACUUUGCGGAUUCAUUCUUACAAGCGAACCAAAGAACGAGCAUGAUGGCGCCCUUUGUGAAACCGUAUCCUAUUUCUAUGGACCGAGAAAGAUGGUUAGGGGUCGCAAGCCUCUUCAAGUUUCCUUGGUUUAGAAGAGUAUGGACUGUUCAGGAAUCCGCCAUCGCUGAGGAAUGUCACGUUUAUUGGGGCUCAGCCAGCAUUGAUAUUGCCGAUGUGUUGGAAAUAUGUGUGUGGCUUUCGCAAAGGCAAGAUUUCAAAGGGACCAUCUGCAACGUCGUUAGAAAUUUCAAUUACCUUGGGCCGAGAAACAUAGGAACUUACCUUCGCUACAAGGCACACCGGCCAAAACGAUGGCAGCAAUCCCGCAUAGGAUUGGCUUACUUGGCCACCAAAUCCGAAAACAGCACGUUUAUGAUGGUCCUUCAGGCUUCCCGAUACCUAAAAGCAAGCGAUCCCAGAGACCAUGUUUACGCGUUCUUGGGUUGUCCAGCCGCGAUUGACAGUACAGGCCGCACGUUCGUGGAGGCAGACUAUACUUCUUCGAUAGACGAUCUCAAUCUUCGUCUCGCCUAUGCGUCAAUGAAGAAUGCUGCAGAAGGACCUUUCUUUCUUUCGGCUGUUCGUCACAACAGUAGAGACAGACUUCUGGACGGCGUGCAUCCUUCUUGGCUACCGGUAUGGCAUGUUGCUGGGGAAUAUUGCCGGGACAUAGCGAACCCGACAUUUUGGUUCCAAGCUGGCGGCAUCAGAAAACUCUUUACAGCCACUGAGAACGGCGAAAGGCGAUUGAGCAUUGGUGCUUGCACCUUCGACACCGUCAUCUGGAGGUCGUCUACGAUACAAAAGGAUCGUGCAGACCUCACUCCCACUUAUGUAUCAACUAGCGGACUUCAUGGAGUAUUCAUCGACACGUUAUGGGAUGAUGUGAUGCGGAGCUCAUCACAAUUGGGCAUCACAGUACAAUAUGCCGAUUUUUUCCGCAGCUUAAUGAUAGGCUACCCAAUCAACGAUGGCUUCUCUUCCAUUUCCGACGAAGAACAGCAACGCAUGAUUGAUGCAUACAGAAAGAGGACCAGUGUGGCGGGACGGGGUAACCAGGAGGCUGUGAUGGAUGUAGUAGAGAGACGAGACGCAACAUGGGUCAAGGGUAUCCUUUACAAUAUCCACAAUGCAAGCAUGUUUCUGACUAGGGGUGGACGUAUCGGAAUAGCUCCACUGGGUCACUUGGUCGAAGUCGGCGAUGUUUGCUGCAUCGUCUUCGGGGCAACUGUGCCUUUUCUCCUCACGCCAGUAAGAGAAGGCCGGCACAAGCUUAUAAGCGAAUGCUACAUCAACGGUGUGAUGAAUGGCGAGAUCAUGCAACAGUUCGCCGGAAGCGACGACCUCAGCGAGCAUUGUAUCGUCCUUGAAUAG